AUGGCCGACUACGAUCGCAGAGGCGGCGGUGGUUACAACCCUAAGAAGCGUCGCUAUCGUGACGAUGAUGAUGGCGAUCGUCGCGGCGGCCCGCGAAGACGCUUCGAUGCUCCUCCCCAUGUCCGCGUCCGAAAGCAGCUGCUUGCCAUUGCCGAGAACCCCAUGCGUCCCUGGCAUGAGGAGGUGCAAUCGAUUGCCAACCUGUUUACCGACAACUGGGACGAUGAGCUGCUUCGAACCAACUUUGUCGACCUUGUCCUCCAGCUUGCGGUCGAGCAACCCAUGAAGACGCCGUUCCUCGCCGCCGUUGUGCUCGUCGCCAACACCAACAAGCCCCAGAUCGUCGACAUGCUUCUCGCCAAGCUUACGAGUACUCUCGAGACUAAGAUUGCCGAGGGCGACUGGCGGGAUGUGAAGCUCUACUUGAAGCUUGCGGGCUGCUUGCAAAGCUGUCUGGAGGGUGAUGGUGUCUUCCCCGUGUUGGAGGAGCUGUUCAGCCGCGCUGUGGACUUGCAGACUGCCAGUUCCGAGGAUACAAUUGGUACGGAGCUUGUUAAGAUCAUCCUCCUCACCCUACCAUACGUUAUGGUUACUGGGCCAACCCAGUGGCAACAGAAGGCGGCGGAUCUGAUGGAGAAGACCGAGAUUAUCGCCGGCGAAGCACACCCACUACAGGCCUUGAUUGAGCCCUACCACCCCGAGGCCGGCGACCAGAGCCCUGUUGCGUCUCAGAGUUGCAUCAGCUUGCUGCAAACCCAGCUCCAGAACGAGGCCAACAACGGGUGGGCCUUGAGCUGCCUCCCGAGGCCUUGGGAGCUUCCCGUCGAAGAAGUCGAGCAGCAGGAGAAGAUUGCCAACGCCGAGAAGCACACCCUUCCGCCAAUUUCGAUCCCUCAGACAGUUGUUGCCGGACCUCGGCCCCUGUUCCCAGAAAUCUACUUUUCUGUUUACGCCAACCAAGACGUCGAGUCGACACCCCCUCUGACGAAUAUUGCAGCCUCCCUGAUUCGCGAUGCGCUUGUUGACACUAUCAAUGUCCUGAACUUCAACCGCAAUGUCACUGCUCGUUUCCUUAUCGAACUCGACUGCUACUUUGCACCCCGAACAUUUGCCGCUAGAGCGACACCUUUCGAUAAGAUUAGAGAGAUUGAGCCUCCCAAAUCCAGCUGGAAGCCAGAGGAUGUCGCUGUUGACGCGGUCUUCUCGCAACUCUUCUCGUUGCCCAAUCCCGAGCACAAGCUUGUUUAUUACCAUGCCGUCCUCACGGAGGCUUGCAAGCUGGCACCGGCUGCCAUUGCUCCCAGCUUAGGUCGUGCUAUUCGUUUCCUUUACAGGAAUAGCCACCGCAUGGACCUGGAGCUUUCCAAUCGGUUCAUGGAUUGGUUCUCACACCAUUUGAGCAAUUUCGGAUUUACCUGGAAGUGGACCGAGUGGGUGGACAAUGUUUAUCUGUCCAACUUGCACCCGGACAAGGCUUUCAUCAUGGGCGCCAUUGACAAGGAGAUUCGUCUCAGCUUUGCUCAGCGUAUCAAGAACACUCUUCCCGAGCCUUAUCAGUCUUUGAUCGGACCUGAGAAGGAGAAGGAUGUUCCUGACUUCAAAUUUGCGGACGACAAAACCCCUUUCGCCGCUGAGGGCAAGGAGAUCGCCGCUCUGCUCAGACGCAAGGCGCCCGAGGAAGAAAUUGAGCCCGUCAUCGAGCGCAUUCACUCGCUCGCCCUGGACAACAACCUCGACCCUCUCGUAGCCAGCACCGACGUCUUCGUAACCUCGGUUCUGCACGUCGGCUCCAAGUCGCUCUCGCACGUCCUCGCUGCCAUCGAGCGCACUAAGGAGCGCCUCACUGAUGCCGGCGCCACCUCGGAGGCUGCCCGCACCCAGAUCAUCUCGUCAGUCAUGGAGUACUGGUCCGCCCACCCGGGCGUUGCCAUUGCCAUCAUCGAAAAGCUGCUCAACUACAGCAUCCUCACCCCGCAGGCCGUUAUCAACUGGGCCAUCACCAUGUACGCCGGCGCCACCCACGGCGAGGCGCUCGCCAAGGGCUUCGUGUACGAAAUGGUGUUCAACACCGUCGUCAAGGUCACUUCCCGUCUGAGACAGGUACUGCAGAAGGCUACACUGCCCGAGGCUAUGAUUGACGACGAGACCAUUGAGGCUGAGAUCAACGGCAUGCGCUCGUUGUUCCGUGCCAUUGAGGAUGCCCUGUUCGCUUGGGCGUCGGGUUCCAAGGAUGAGAUGCUUGAGGCCAGCGAUGGUCUGGGCGAGGGUGAUGGGACCAGCGAGACGGAGAAGCUCGUUAAGAGGUGGGGCGAGCGCUGGCUUAGGGUGUUUAAGCGUAGAGCCGCGAUUGAAGAGGCGUUUAUUGUCGAGGCCAGGAAGGAGAGGGAGAGGAAGGCGGCUGCUGCUGCUGCGGAGCUGGCGGCGGCGCCGGCACAGGGGGACGAUAUGGCUGUUGAUUCUGUUGAUGCGGCUGCUGAGGUGACUGCUUGA